AUGGCUAAACAGGGUUCCUCAAGCUCACCAACUCUUGGAGCUGACCCUUCUGAAGCAAAAAUCACACCAAUUGUGAUCAUUUCUUGUAUCUUGGCCGCUACUGGAGGUCUCAUGUUUGGUUACGAGAUCGGUAUUUCGGGAGGUGUAACAUCCAUGCCGGGUUUUUUGAAAAAUUUCUACCCGGAUGUGUAUGCUAGCACCCAGAUUCUGAAGACUCAUAACAGCAACUAUUGCAAAUACAAUAAUCAAAAGCUGCAGUUGUUCACAUCUUUGCUCUACCUUGCGGCUCUGGUAUCAACAUUCUUUGCGUCACACAGUACCAAAAAGCUAGGAAGAAAGAUGACCAUGUUGAUUGCUGGGAUUUUCUUCAUAGUUGGCACAGUUCUUAACUCGGCAUUUACAAACUUUACCACGGUCAUUAUUGGGAGAGUCCUUCUUGGUUGUGGAGUUGGUUUCGCUAAUCAGGUUGUCCCACUCUUUCUUUCGGAGAUUGCUCCGACAAGAAUCCGUGGAGGACUUAACAUACUUUUCCAGCUUAAUGUAACUCUUGGAAUUCUUUUUGCAAACCUUGUCAACUAUGGAGCUGCUAAAAUUAAAGGAGGAUGGGGUUGGAGGCUAUCGUUGGGUCUAGCAGGGGUUCCAGCCCUUAUGCUAACCUUGGGGUCCCUCAUUGUAGUAGACACUCCUAACAGUCUGAUACAGCGUGGUAAGUUGGAGGAAGGAAAAGCAGUCCUUGGAAAGAUUAGGGGGACUCAAAAUAUUGAAGCCGAGUACUUGGAUAUAUUAGAGGCAAGUAAUGAAGCCAGAGAAAUCAAGCAUCCUUUCAGGAACCUCCUUAAGCGUAAAAAUCGGCCUCCUCUCGUCAUUGCAAUAGCAAUGCAGAUCUUCCAGCAGUUCACUGGCAUUAAUGCAAUAAUGUUCUAUGCUCCGGUUUUAUUCGCAACCAUGGGUUUCGGCAACAAUGCUUCCCUUUACGCAGCUGUCAUAACAGGAGCAGUCAAUGUGCUCUCGACCAUUGUAUCAAUCUUUGUAGUUGACAAACUUGGCCGCCGCAUGCUGUUAUUAGAAGCCGGUGUCCAAAUGUUGCUUUCUCAAUUGGUUGUUGCAAUAGUGCUAGCACUCAAGGUGAAGGACCACUCCAACAAUCUUUCUUUCGGUUUGGCGAUACUGGUGGUGGUGAUGGUGUGUUCUUUCGUCUCUGGUUUUGCUUGGUCUUGGGGACCUCUCGGGUGGUUGAUCCCAAGCGAGACAUUUCCACUGGAGACCCGCUCGGCCGGGCAAAGUGUGACGGUUUGCAUCAACAUGAUCUGCUGUUUUCUUAUAGGGCAAAUCUUCCUCUUAAUGCUUUGCAGCUGGAAGUACGCCAUCUUCUUGUUCUUCUCAGCUUGGGUUUUGGUGAUGACGCUCUUUGUGCUGUUUCUAGUCCCCGAGACCAAGAAUGUCCCUAUUGAAGAGAUGACAGAGAGAGUGUGGAAGCAACACUGGUUUUGGAAGAGGUUCAUAGAUGAGUAUGAGGGUGAUGAUUCAAAUAGAAAAUAUGUAAACUAACUCUUCCAUGAUUUCAAGUCGCCCAGUCCGCAUCGUUAAAUCUCACUGUGUCCCGCACAAGUGCACAUGUUUAAAGUUGUAAUACUAUGAACUAAUGAUUACAACUCAUCCCAGGUACCCAAGUAAUGGAGCUCGACAUGAACGUUUCAUUUUAACCAUGCUAACUGGGCAAUGGAGCAGGUUCAUAAAUUUUGAAAAGU